UGAAUUUUUCGUUUUGAGUGAAUUAUCAAUUUGAGUUCCGUCUCGCUUAGUCCUUCUCGUUCAUAUUUUGUUUUCUUUUUUUGUUUUCCUUAUCCAUGUUAUUGGAUUACCUAGGUUACUAUCAUAAAACACUUAACCGUUUCCCUUUACUAAGGGAAGUGUUUAAGGGAUUAUAUGCUUAGGUAAUGGGAAAUCAUGCCUUAAAGGUGCAAUAGGUGAUUGUCUUCAGAAACAUCUUUUGUUAUGCUGGUUGAAAGUUUCUUCACAUUCCGAUAGCAAUCAUUAAGUUAAGUGGUCUAAAUGUAUUUCUGUAUUUACAUAUUCUGUGGAUGGCGUAGGACCAAGAAAUGUUCGUCCAAUCAAAACGCUCGGUCUGAGCGUUUUAAUUGGCUUUCCUACCUGCCUGUCAACAUAUGUAUUAGCAUACCUCUGCGCACCCUGUUCGUGCAGACAAAAUACGUCAUCAGCGCGGUCACGCAUGCUGUGCAGGCAGAGCGAGAAUGGCAGACAAACAUCAACAACCCGAUCUUCCUUCCUGGUAUUGUAGUACUUUUACUAACUGUACUAUAAAGUUUUCUCACCGGUGAAUGACACAUGAUGUAGCCCAGCGGUUCCCAAUUCCAGUCCUCGUGCCUCCCCGCUCUGCAUAUUUUGCAUGUCUUGCUUAGUUAACACACCUGAUUCAGAUAACCAGCUCGUUAGAAGAGAGCUAAAUGCAUGAACUGUGUUCCGAUUGACAUGCUCCCUACACAGUGUUCUUUGCUCCCUACUCCCUGAGCAGGGGAAAUCUGUUUAAAAUACUAUUUAAAUUUAUGUCUCACACACUUUAAUGCCCCAUGUAUGUUGGCUCUGGUGUUCUGGUCUGUGAGCGUAUAUGCGUUCAGGGGGCGUGGCUUUGGACGGCGAUUGCAGGGAGGGUGGGAAGUUCACUUUCAGUGCUAUCAGGCUACUGCACCUUUAAGUCUCAUACUUAAGGUGCUUUAUGCAACCGGGCACAGGGCUUUAGUUUGUUUUUACAUAAAAUGUGAUUAAUCAAAAUAAUCUAACAAGUGAAUAAUGAAGUCUUGAUUAAAGAAGCUAUCAUGUAACAUGCUACAAUAUAGUAGGUCGUGGUAUGCAUCUAAUGGCGCUUUUCCACUGCAUGGUACGGUACGGCUCGAUAUGGCUCACUUUUGGGGGAUUUUCCACUGGGUACGGUACCUGGUACUUUAUUUUUUAGUACCACCUCGGUUGAGGUUCCAAGCGAACCGCACCAUUACCAAAACGUGACGUGUAAACUCUGGUGAUCACUGAUUGGCUGGAGAAAAUCUUCACUGCCUGGCCUGCGUCAUUAAACUUUCGGCACGAGACACAACAGACCCGCUAGAUUUAAAUCAGCGUAGCUAGCAAAGGAUCGAACGCAACUUUUAUUUGAACAAACGCACCUUUUUUAACAUCUAAGAAAUGGCUGUUUCGUGGUCUGUUGAGGAAGUACAGACGUUCCACUUGUUGAUAACCGAGGAGUGGAUCCAGCAAGAGCUUGAUGGGGCGACGAAGAAUGAAAAAGUUUUUCAGGAGGUCGCUCAGCUCUUGGCCGCACACGGCUACCAACUUACCGACUUACAAACAGUGUAGGGACAAGUUAAAAAAACUGAAGAGCGAUUACAGAAGCAUUAAGGACCACAACAGCCGGAGUGGUUCAAACAGAUGAUCGUGGAAGUGGUUCGACCAAAUGGACGCAAUCUGCGGAGGUAGACCAUCGAGCAUUGGAGAACACGAUCGAGGAUGACUCAUUGUCCACGAUCGAUUCACUUGCACUUUCUCCAUGCAACAAUGACUCCUCUUCCCAACCAGUGCUAGCAGCGUCUCCACCACGACCACCAACAUCAACCUACAGCUGCACGACGACACCGCAGCGUGUGGUCAUAGAAACAUGGAGGGUUUGAAGUUUUCUAGCAACACCAUGCAAGUGAGUUUUGUGUGUCAGCGCUGCAGUCAGCCACUGAAACUCGACACAUCCUUCAACGUCUUAGACAGAAUGACUAUCCAUGAGCUCACAGCUCCAUUAUUGACGGUAACAGCCAAUAAACAAUCGGAAAGCAGUGAGGGCAGCCGUUUUCCUGAGGAGACCUUUUUGGAGAGCAAACAGGAUGGUGUGGCUCGGAAAUACAUCCCACCUGCAAGGAUGAUGUCAACUGAAAGCGCAAAUAGUUUCACUCUAAUUGGAGAAGCUUCAGAUGGAGGAACUAUGGAGAACUUGAGUCGCAGGCUGAAGGUUACAAGUGAUCUGUUUGAUAUCAUGUCUGGUCAGACAGACAUUGAUCACCCACUGUGUGAGGAGUGCACAGACACACUACUGGACCAUCUGGACACACAACUCAGCAUCACAGAAAAUGAGUGUCAGAAUUACAAGAGCUGUUUAGAGCUGCUGUCUCAACUACCAGAAGAGGAGGAAGCCAGUCUACUGAAUGCACUGCAGCAGCUGAAACUAGAGGAGGAAUCUCUGAUCCGGGAUCUGGAGAGCAUUGAGGUGCAGCGUGAAGCCGUGGCCAAAGAGCUGGCCGAGGGACGCAACCAUAGCCAGCUGAUGGACACCGAAGAACUUCAGUAUCAGAAGGAGUACUGCGAGUUUAAAAGACAGCAGCUGGAGUUGGAUGAUGAUCUUAAGAGUGUGGACAAUCAAAUGCGUUACUGUCAGAUUCAGCUGGACAGACUCAAGAAGACCAACGUUUUCAAUGCCACCUUUCAUAUCUGGCACAGCGGGCAGUUCGGAACGAUAAAUAACUUCCGCCUAGGCAGAUUACCCAGUGUACCAGUGGAAUGGAAUGAGAUCAAUGCAGCCUGGGGUCAAACUGUACUUCUGCUGCAUGCACUUGCAAACAAGAUGGGACUCUGCUUUCAGAGAUAUCGACUAGUUCCUUAUGGAAACCAUUCCUAUUUGGAAUCUCUCACAGAUAAGUCCAAGGAGUUGCCGUUGUAUUGCUCAGGUGGUCUCCGCUUUUUCUGGGAUAAUAAAUUUGACCAUGCUAUGGUGGCCUUCCUUGAUUGUGUCCAGCAGUUUAAAGACGAGGUGGAGAAGGGUGAUACAGGAUUUUGUCUACCAUAUAGAAUGGAUGUGGACAAAGGAAAGAUCGAGGACACGGGUGGCAGUGGAGGUUCUUACUCUAUUAAGACUCAGUUUAACUCAGAGGAACAAUGGACCAAAGCCCUCAAAUUUAUGCUCACUAACCUGAAGUGGGGUCUGGCCUGGGUUUCCUCACAGUUUUACAACCGCUAGACUUGAGACUGACACCUGAUCAAUGACAGCAAGAAACCACAUGAAAUAUUCACAGUACUAAGAUGAGAAUUUACCCAAUUUAAUUUUUUUCUUUAUUUGUAUGUGUGUGUUUUGUGUUUAACUAUUAAACUCCAUUAAAUAUCAGUUAUGUAAAUACCAGUGAA